GUACGGCAUACACCCACUCACAUGCAUUGGCGGUUUUAAACAGGGGCCCACAGGGGCCUGGGCCCCUAUAGAACCGGCCCUGGCCCCUGUUAUGGCCCCUGUGCUGAAGAGAUCGAAUUUUUUUCCCCCGUGCUGCCUCGGAUACGGGAACUAAUGCGCUGCAGCGUUUCACACGGAGCCUUUAGAGCGCAGCACACUGUGGACAGAAUUGUUUACCUGGUGGAUUUUUAAUAAAAGAUUAAAAAUAGUUUAAAUGGGACCCGAAGACAUUUUUGAGCACGACUAACGGAAAAGACGCUAAGAGACGAAGAUAUCAGCAAGUGCAAGGAUGACCCUCCUACUCAGCCUAGUUUGAGGACAUAUCCAGUGACAUUAAUAGGAGACAGAAGAUGCAGCUUUCAGCCAAGCUGCAUGCUGAUCCUCAUUGUUGUGUUUGCAGCCCUCAUUAUCCUCAUCUUGGCCCUGACCUUCUCAAAAUCCACAUCUAAGGUGACAAGCAGCAACACAAAACCCGUCGCCAACCUAGGGGAGGACGAGCUUCUCAGCUGCUUUGUUUCCUCACAAAGUCAGCAGACAAGACUCGGCGACGUGUCGGUCACCUGGGAGAAGAAGGACCUGGGACUGGUUUACCAGUACAGUAAUGGAGCUCCAGCUCUUGCUGGUCAGGCUUCACAGUUCACAGGCAGGGCCCAGGUCUUCCCUGUUGCUGUGGCAACGGGGAAUGCCUCUCUGCUGCUGCGGAAUGUGAGAGGCGGUGAUGAGGGCGAGUACACCUGCAGCGUCAGCUCCUCAGCAGCCCGAGGCAGCAUCAUCAUUCAGCUGAGGACAGCCGCAUUUUCAGCUCCAACAUUCAAGUUCUCUAAUGGCACGCUGACCGGCGAGGCCAGCAGGUGGUUCCCGAAACCGAGCGUCACAUGGCUGAACCAAACUGGAGAUAUCCUGAGUGCAAACACAAGUUUCACAGAAAACUCAGAAGGAAUUGUCGGCGUUGUCAGUGUGUUUGAGUCGGCCCAGGUCAGCGAGACCUACAGCUGCAGGAUCCAGAACAGUUUGGUGCUCGCAGAGACUGAAACAAGAGUGACAGGAACCGAUGUCUCAGCCAGCACUUACUUCAUCUUCAGCUCAGCUGCAAUUCCUGUUGGUUCAAAUUAUGUAAAUGUUUUGAUCAGUUUCCUGUCAGUUUGUUAUGGGUUUUAAUCAGUCAUACACACACACACACACACACACGCACACACGCACACACACACACACACACACACACAUGUACUGUAUCUGUGGCAGACAACUGCUUAGGUAGUGACAGAAACCUGUGGAGAAGAAUGAGGAGUUUCUGAAUGACAGCAUCAUCCUUUGGUCUUUGACUAGCUGUUAGCUCAUCAAUCCUGAUGGAUGUAAACUCUGUUUUUCUGAACUGAGGCUGUUCAUGAUGUAAUCUACAACAGGGCUCCAAAACCACUGGGCCAAGGACCAGGACCAGUUUGGGUCACUGCAUGCCAGGCAGCACAAAAAGAAUAAAAACUACUAAUGUUUGACAUCCGUGAGUCUACAAGCUUUUUUUGAAAAAAAAAAUUACAAUUAUGUAUAUUAUGUACAUGAUGAUCAUGACAGUAAAAGAAAUUAAGUGUAUAAUACUAAAAUUUAUGUAGUUUUUUUUUUCUAAAUACACUAUUAUUUUCAUGUCAUAAGUGUCACAAGGCCAGAAUAAAAUAAAUUAAUGUAAAAUGUCAUUUAUUGGUAGUUUAUCUAGUUAGUAAUCCUCUUUACCUCUUACUUUUAAACCCUAUUACCAGAUCUGGUAAAGGACAAACUACUAAUGUAAAACACGUAAAUAAUGGGUUAACUAAGUAUUAUAUUUAUUAAAUUAAAACUGUAGAUAAUUAUUCUAAUGUAUGUAUACAUAAUUACAAAUCUAUAAUAAAAUAUUUCCUUUUUACACUCAGAUCUGUUGUCUGUAACCUACAAAUUUUAUGUAUUUAAGCGUACGUUUAAUUUUUGAACUUCUAUCUGUUCAGAAUUUUUUUUAUUAGUUUAUUUUAUUUUAUUUUAUUUUUUUGUGACUACAACUCAUCUCAAAUGUCAGAACCAUCAUCCAAAGACGCUCAAGAUGAUUCUCUUCUUUGGGGCAACGUAAUUUGGCCGAUAUCUACUUUUAUAUAAUGAGAAAUAUAAUGACCACUUUUAGGUUUUCAAUCUGUGUUGUUGUUUUUUUUUAAUGAAAAGAAAAAUAGUAUUCAAGGUACCACCAGGGCGGGCAGUUCCCCAACUACGAGUAGCCCCUGGCUGCAUCCCGGAGAUCGGGGCGGGGCUAAAUGUGGGCGGAGUUAAACGUUUAGAGGUGGGUGGAGACAACUAUUUGACUCCUGCCCCUCUCUCAAUGGAACCAGGAAACCGCGAGUAGCCCCUUUCUAAGGAUUAAAAAGCCCUAAAAACCCACAAAACCCAUGUAAAGCAUAACAUUGGUAAUCAAAUGACUUAUUUGCUGGAUGUCAUGAUAAUUUUAAAGAGCAGAUAAUUACAGGUGCCAUUUUUGAUCCAAUCUGUUCUGAUAUUUUUAUUCUUUUUUCUACUUUUGUAUGGUAUGUGUAUUUAUAGCACAUAGGUAUUUGUGUCUUUUAGCUAUACUUUUGGUACCUAUAUAAAAGGUUCAGGCAUUUGAUAGACUAUUCUUUAAACCUGUCAAAACCAUUUUAAUAGUUGAUUUUAUCAAUGCCGCCUUUAUUUUAAUAGUCAUUUCCCAAGUGAGUGUAAAACAGUACAGACACGGGUACAUUUGUUGUACACUCAGUUAUAUCAGCUACAUUAAGAGGACCAGAGACUUAAAUUGUGCUGAUACUUCUUAAAACAUGCCAGGGUUUGAGGCGGGGUGGUGAGACAUUGUGUGAGACACCCAAGAAUGCAGACUAAAUUUUUCAAUAAAGGUAAAUUUAAUAGAGCAAACAGCCAACACAGGAAAAAAAAAGUACAAACAAAUGAACCAAAAAGCACACAAAAAGCAAGAGAACCUCCAAAAAAACAAUGUGAGGAGGAAAAAGAAUGCAAAAACUGUGACACCGCUGUACUAUGGCAUUUCAAAGCCAGAAAACACCCUGAUCUUCCUUUUUUCCUCAAUUUCUCUGCAGAACUCCUCAUAGUCUGACUGAAAACUAAACAUGAACAGGAACGGUUCCCUGCAAUCGUUUAUCUCCUCUUCAUCUAGGCCAUCACAGAAGCAUAACCUCUCCACUGCCCUCCGGCAAGCUUCCCUGUCCAUGGUGAUGACCUGGGGAAGGGAAAGGAAAAAGAGGAGAACCAAGGGCACUUUACUCGGAGGAGAUGCUCCCAGGCUACUGCAGCCACUUUUGCAGCCAAAUGAACAAUUAAUGUGUCUGCUCUGUCGCCGCCCCCGUCUCCACACACAACCACACACUCACACGCACGCACACACACGUCUGUCUUUCUAUCAUAGUGAGGACCCUUCAUUGACUUCCAUUCAUUUUUGUGAUUUCACCAUGCCUAACCCAUACCCCAACCCUAACCAUAACCAACGCUUAUCUUUUCCUAACCCUAACCUUAACUAAAACUUAAUUCACACUAUGCCUCUAACUGGUAUAGUAAGCUUCUGGUAUGCUUCUAAAAAAAGCGAGGACCAAAAAAUGUCCUCACUUUGUAGGGAAAAUGGUCAAAAUGGUCCUCAGUAUGUAGUAUGUACAAGAACACACACACACACCACACUGGUUGUAGUGACCAGGUUCCCCAUCAGUGGUUCUCCCACAUCUUGGUUUGUGCUUUGAUGCCUGUUUUUCUUUGUGAGAGUUUUUGAUCAUUCUUCUUGGAGUUCUAUAGCAAAAACUGUAAUGCUCUUGUGGCAAGGUGGAUAAACGAGGGCCCGGGCGGGAUUCGAUCUCCAGACUCCCGGGUGAGAGUCAUACACUCUAACCAGUCAGCCAAAGGGACAUCCCCUUGGUCAAGUAGCCAGGGCGCAUGAUCAAUCGGGACACUGUGACAGGACACACACUGUAACACUCUGUUUGAGAAAGUGAAUCUGUUGGGCUUGUACCUGGUACUCAGAGUACCACACUGCCAGAAAGGACAGGCUGAAAAUAAAAAGCUUUUUAUUUCCAUCAAUAUGUGUCUCCUUAUUCAAAUAAUCUGGGUUGUAACCAUCCUCUCAAUCCUUUUUCUGUUGUUCAUGCUCUUGUAAUCUGUUGUUUGUGUUCUGCAUUAUUACAGUAAACCUGUGGAAAUUAUAAAGUG